AUGGCGUCAUCUAGCUCCAACCCCUCCAACACCAUCAAGGUGGUUGCGAGGUUUCGGCCUCAAAACAAGGUUGAGUUGGGGUCUGGAGGGCAGCCGAUUGUCGAUUUCGAGAACGAGCAGACAUGUUCUAUCAACUCGAAAGAAGCGUCCGGCUCGUUUACGUUCGACCGCGUAUUUCCCAUGGACUCGAAGCAGACCGACAUAUUCAACUUCUCGAUUGCACCCACUGUGGACGACAUUUUAAAUGGGUACAACGGAACAGUCUUCGCGUACGGUCAAACCGGUGCCGGAAAGUCUUUCACCAUGAUGGGUUCCGAUAUUGACGACGAAGUGGGCAAGGGUAUAAUACCACGUAUAGUCGAGCAGAUCUUCGCCAGCAUCCUCACGAGUCCGAGCAACAUCGAAUAUACCGUCCGGGUUAGUUAUAUGGAAAUUUAUAUGGAGCGCAUUCGAGAUCUACUGGUGCCGCAUAACGAUAACCUUCCCGUUCACGAGGAGAAGUCGAGAGGGGUAUACGUGAAGGGUCUACUUGAGGUGUACGUUUCAAGCGUGCAAGAAGUUUAUGAGGUUAUGCGACGUGGAGGAGCCGCAAGAGCCGUUGCUGCGACCAACAUGAACCAGGAAUCAUCCCGGUCACACUCCAUCUUCGUCAUCACUGUUACGCAAAAGAACCUGGAAACCGGUUCCGCGAAGAGUGGACAGCUCUUCUUGGUGGAUUUGGCAGGUAGUGAGAAAGUCGGCAAGACUGGAGCUAGUGGCCAGACCUUGGAGGAGGCCAAGAAGAUUAACAAGAGUUUGAGUGCUCUCGGAAUGGUCAUCAAUGCACUCACAGACGGGAAAUCAACCCACAUCCCGUACCGUGAUUCUAAACUUACUCGAAUCUUACAGGAGAGUUUGGGAGGUAACUCCAGAACAACCCUGAUUAUCAACUGCUCGCCCAGCAGUUAUAACGAUGCAGAAACAAUUUCGACUUUGCGAUUUGGUGUACGAGCGAAGGCCAUCAAGAACAAGGCAAAGGUCAAUGCGGAAUUAAGUCCCGCGGAACUGAAGCAGCUGCUGCGCAAAGCCCAGAGCCAAGUGACUAACUUCGAAACUUAUAUAUCGGCAUUAGAAUCCGAGGUUACCGUAUGGCGAAGCGGCGAAGCAGUCCCCAAAGACAGGUGGACGCCGUCCAGGAGUUCCGAUUCCGUUGGUGCUGCGAAGGCUGAGGCCCGUGGUCCGCGCCCCGGUACUCCUUCUCGCCUGCAAGACGUCUCUCGAUCAGAGACGCCCCGACCAGAUUCCCGCCUUGGCGACCGCUCUAGCACGCCUAGCAUUGUUCUUGAGAAAGAUGAGCGUGAGGAGUUUCUCAGACGCGAAAACGAAUUUCAAGACCAGCUUGCAGAGAAAGAAUCCCAUAUUGCGAACGUUGAAAGGGGUCUGCGUGAGGCAAGGGAGGAGCUCAGGAGCCUAAAGGAGAACUCAGCAAGAUCAGGCAAGGACAACGAUAAGCUUAAUACCGAAGUUAAUGAGCUACGGAUGCAACUGGAGAAGGUGUCGUACGAGAGCAAGGAAGCUGCGAUUACUAUGGACAGCCUUCGGGAAGCCAACUCAGAGUUAACCGCGGAGCUAGACGAGGUUAAGCAACAGCUUCUGGACGUUAGGAUGAAGGCGAAGGAAACGAGCGCAGCGCUCGAUGAGAAGGAGAAGAAAAAGGCCGAGAAAAUGGCUAAGAUGAUGGCCGGUUUUGAUCUCGGUGGUGAAGUCUUUUCCGAUAACGAACGCAAGCUUCAGGAUAUCAUCCAGCGCAUCGAUUCAUUGCACCAGGUCAGCGAAGCUGGCGAGAGCGUCGCCCCAGACGACAUUCUAGAGCUUCGGGCAAGCCUACUGGAGACGCAAGGCUUCAUUCGACAGGCAGAGCUCACAAUGAAUGACCGGAGCGAACUGAACGUGCUGCAGGACAGCCGCAGGGUGGAACUCGAGGAGAAGCUGGCUAACCUCGAGCAGGACUAUGAGAGUCUUCUAGCCCGAAACUUGGGAGAGGGAGAUCUCGAUGAGAUCAAGGAACGACUAGAGAAGGUGUACAGCACCAGGAAAGAGGCCGAACUCGAAGCAGCCUCGGAACUACAGCAGGAGCUUGUCCGCAAGGAUGAAGAACUCACGAAGCUACGUCAAUCCCUUGCAGAUUCACAGUCACGAGGCCCGACCAACGGGGCUACCAGUAAGAGCCUGCAGCAGCAGAUCGCCGAGUUUGACGCGAUGAAAAAGUCCUUGAUGCGUGACUUGCAGAACCGCUGUGAGCGGGUGGUGGAGCUCGAGAUCUCCUUAGACGACGCUCGAGAGCAGUACAACAACGUGCUCCGCUCGUCGAACAAUCGUGCUCAGCAAAAGAAGAUGGCCUUCUUGGAACGCAACCUCGAGCAACUCACUCACGUUCAGAGGCAGCUCGUCGAGCAAAACAGCAGCCUAAAGAAGGAAGUCGCGAUCGCGGAGCGUAAGCUCAUCGCCAGAAACGAGCGCAUAGCAAGCUUGGAAGCCCUGCUCCAGGAGAGCCAGGAGAAACUUACCCAAGCCAAUCAUCGUUUCGAGGCCCAACUCACAGCCGUCAAAGAACGGCUCGAAGCCGCCAAGCAAGGCUCGACAAAAGGCCUCCCAGACAGCAACAGCGGCUUCAGCUUCGUGGGCUCGCGCAUCGCAAAGCCGCUCCGUGGCGGGGGUGGCGGGAACGAGCCCGUCGCCACCGUCCAGGCCCAGGACACUGGCAACAAGCGCACAAGCUGGUUUUUUGAUAGACGAUGA